AGGAAAAUAAUUAUGCAAGAUCUGAGAGUGAAGCAAAAAUCUUAAUUCUAAUUAUUGUAAUGGUUGAAGUCUAAUAUAAGUCUAUUGUUUUAAUUUCAAAACAGAAAGAAUUACUUUGGCAACGACAACUUUUUAGGUAACUUAAGAUUAAUUGUAAUGAGUUUUUAAGUGUUCGGCAAAAGCGAUAUUAUUUAAGUCAUUCACAGGAUACAGACAUCUUAAUAAUAUAAUAGUAUUUUAAAAUGCAAAGAAGAGCCCAUCCGUCGGAAAUUCAGUUGGAAAUAUUAUUGAAAUUUUUAGAACAUCAACCUAGCUUAGCGAAAGGAUUUUUAAAACAUACCGCAGCUAGAGAGCAUGCUCAUAUCGAGUGGUCCAAGUUAGCUUCGAAACUAAAUAGUGUAAGCGGUGGGUGUGUUAAAUCUCCGAAAAGAUGGAUGAAGUAUUGGAGUGAUAAAAAGAGUGCAGUUAAAAAAAAAGCAGCCAUAAGGACAGGUCUUAGAGGUCAAACUGGCGGUGGUAUAUCAGAGAUAAUGCAAUUAACUAAAUUGGAAGAGCGCAUUCUUACUUUAACGGACCCUACCAGCAGUUCCUCAGGCAGUAUAAGAAUUUUUACACCAUCACAUAGUAUUGCACCAGUUUCUUUAAUUGAACCAAAUACAAUAUCUAACAUUAGCCCAAAGAUUCAAGAGACCCCAACAAUUGCUGAAAAUAUUGAUGAUAGCACAAUAUAUACAUUGAUUAACUCAGAUGUUGAAACCUCUAAGUAUCCAGAACAACCCCAGUCAUCUUCCGAUGUCUCAAUCCCUAGUCGAGUGAGAAGGCGUUUUCGGCUACAACCCUCACCGCCAAGUCAACACCGUAACUACCUUAAUAGCAUAACUGAAAAAUUAUUAAGAAUAGAAGAACAGCGAUUGGACCUGGACAAAAAACUUUUAGAUCUACUCAAUCAACAAUCAAUAAAUAACAACCUAUUAAUACAAACUGUCAAUCACGGCCAGCAGGCCAUAAGCGAAAGCCAGAAGGCUAUGGCUGAAGCUCUUACAGCGAUUGCAAUUGCAAUUAAUAAGUAAUCUGUGUAUUUUAAUUUAAUAAUUAAUUACUUAAGUUCUAGUUAAAAAUACGUAAUAAGUAUAACAUUAAGUACUAAAAUAUAACAAGUUUUAAAAGUAGGAGAAAUAACUUUAUAGUUAACUCAUGAUAAAUAAGCAAUGCAGCACCAAAAUUUUAAACAUUUAAUCCGUCUAGUUUUGGCUUAAACUUGAUUAGGAGCACUAUAUACUAAAUUAAGAAAACUACAAAGAGUAAGUUUUGAAAUAUAUAAUUAAUAUCAUUAUGAUUUAAAAUUAAAUAAUACAAGCAAAAUAAAUGGCAAGCAGUAAAAACACAUUUAUUUCUUAUAAGUCUGGGAUUACUCAGUGAUUUUUUUUUUUCAAAAU